AUGCCACCUAAUAAAUUUCAUCACAAAGCAAGCACUGACAUUGAUACUAUUAAUAAAACCACUUCCAUUGCAACCAAUCCAUACUACAAUUAAUAUCUGAAAAGAGCAUCUAAUUCGAGUCAUCAAGAUAAACCUCCUUCAUUAUAAUAUAGCAAUUCUAAAUCCAAUUUAAAUCCUAACUAAUCACAUGAUUACUCAAUCUAAUUUAAAGUUGGAAGUAAAAAUGAUAAAAAAAACGAUUCAAUUAAUGAAACACAAUUGUCCUAAUUCGUUAAUCCUACCAAAUAAUUUGUAUGUAUGAGUCCUGCUUAAAAUCGGGAUAACUCCAUCAUUUUUCAAUCUCCAAAAUAAAUCCAAUAGCCAACUGUUGUUCAAUCCCCUCAACCAUAUAAUUUGAUAAAUACUCCCAUUUACUAUAAUAAUAAUAAAGGGUCAUAAUCAUAAUUGAAAUCAAUCAAUUACAACAAUCCCAAUUUAUUUAAUGAGUUAAAAUAAUUACAAGACUCUAAUAAUUUGCUGUAAUAGACUAUUUAAUAGAGGGAAAGCGAAGUAUAAAGAGGGCAAUCUUCAUAAUUUAUUUAAGAAUUAGAAUAAAAAAUUAAUUUAUUAUAAUAGCUAAAUGAAAAAUUGUAAUUAGAAAAUUAAUCCCUAAUUGAAUAAACUGAUGUUACAAGAAUGAAGGAAAAUUUAGAAAAAUCUUUGUAAAAUCGUAAACAAACAUCGUAAUAACUUUAGAGUAUCAAAUCAGAAUAAUAGUAAUACCAAUUGAAAUGUGAUGAAUUACAAAAUAAAUUAGAUUAAUAUGAUGAUUCUUAAAUUAAAGAUUUAGUUAAUGAAUUAGAAAAUAAAGUUUAGAAUCUAAUAGCUGAAAAUGAUAGAUUGAAUCAAUAAUUAUCUUCAAAUUCUCAUUUAUAAAUGAUUUCUGAUAUUGCAAGGUUGAAGAAUGAAAAUGACAAUCUCAAUAAGCAAUAAUAACAAUUAAAAAGGGAUGAAGAACAUUUAAAAUUAACUUAUAAUUAAGUUGAAUAAGUUUAUGAACAGAAAAUGGCAGAUAAUUUAUAUGCUGAUUUAUAUGAGAAAAUUCAAUUAUUGAUUGAAGAAAAUGAUAGAUUAUAAUAGGUUAUCACUGAUUCUGAAUAUACAGACUAAGAUUUAUAGGAUAUUAAAGCAAGAAUUAAAGUAGUUAAGUAGGAUAAUAUAAAAAUGGAACAACAAUUAAAAAGAAAAAAUCUUAAUAAAAAUUAUUGA